AUUAAUGUUAAAGAGGCAGUUUAGUCGCGAGGUAAUAAAGGGCUAACUAAACAGGACAUUAGGAUUUGAGCAUGUGAAGGAGAGGAUAUUUGAGGGGCAUUAUUCAUGGUGAUAAGGCGUGGGGUUACUGACAGGUCAAUGGAAGAGAGUAGCUUCUUCAUCCUCUGUUAACUCUGGACAGUGGGUCUCUCUCUAUUAGCUAGGCCCAGGGACCACAAAAAUUCUGUCCAUUAUCCUGAUGAGAAGCUGGCUACAUUGUUCUCUCUUGUUUAAAGGAAUCUUCAGACCUAGUCUUCUGGCAGGAAAUUGAGCUAUGAACAGGAUAAUGAAGGCCAAAAUGGGAAGAGGGGCCUGAAGUCUCAGCCCUUGCAUUCCAGCACGACCUCCAUCCCACAAAGGGAGGAUAUGACAACACACAGCAGAAUUGACCUGUCCUUCCAGCACCUGGCCUCUGUGGGAGGGAGGGGUGAAGAGGGAGGGAGAGAGGGGUGAGGGUGAGGAGGAAUUGCAGAGUCCUUUCUAAACUAAUCUGCUUUGUCCCAUCUCCACCGCUCCCUACCCUCAGGUUUGAAAAUGCCUCAGAGCCUGUAAGGUUCAGUGUUUCCCUCUCAAGAUGCCCCUUUCAGACUUUAUUCUAGCCCUGAAGGACAAUCCUUACUUUGGGGCUGGAUUUGGGCUUGUGGGUGUGGGCACGGCCCUGGCCCUGGCCCGGAAGGGUGCCCAACUGGGCUUGGUGGCAUUCCGGCGCCAUUACAUGAUCACACUGGAAGUCCCUGCUCGAGACCGAAGCUAUGCCUGGUUGCUUAGCUGGCUCACCCGCCACAGUACCCGUACUCAGCACCUCAGUGUGGAGACUUCCUACCUUCAGCAUGAGAGUGGGCGCAUCUCCACUAAGUUUGAAUUUGUCCCCAGCCCUGGAAACCACUUUAUCUGGUACCAAGGGAAAUGGAUCCGAGUGGAACGAAGCCGAGAGAUGCAGAUGAUAGACCUGCAGACAGGGACUCCUUGGGAAUCUGUCACCUUUACAGCUCUGGGCACUGACCGAAAGGUUUUCUUCAACAUCCUGGAGGAAGCUCGAGAGCUAGCCUUGCAGCAGGAGGAAGGGAAGACGGUGAUGUACACAGCCAUGGGCUCUGAAUGGCGCCCUUUUGGCUAUCCACGCCGCCGCCGGCCACUGAAUUCUGUGGUUCUAGAACAGGGUCUGGCUAACCGAAUUGUCCGAGAUAUCCGGGAAUUCAUCGAUAACCCCAAGUGGUACACUGACAGAGGCAUUCCCUACAGACGUGGCUACCUGCUUUAUGGGCCCCCUGGUUGUGGAAAAAGCAGUUUUAUCACAGCCCUGGCUGGGGAACUGGAGCACAGCAUCUGCCUGCUGAGUCUCACGGACUCCAGCCUCUCUGAUGACCGGCUCAACCACCUGCUGAGCGUGGCCCCGCAGCAGAGCCUGGUGCUCCUGGAGGACGUGGACGCAGCCUUUCUCAGCCGAGACCUAGCUGCGGAGAACCCAGUCAAGUACCAAGGUCUAGGUCGUCUCACCUUCAGUGGACUGCUCAAUGCCUUGGAUGGUGUAGCUUCUACAGAGGCACGCAUCGUGUUCAUGACUACCAACCACGUGGACAGGCUGGACCCUGCACUGAUCCGCCCUGGACGAGUAGACAUGAAGGAGUAUGUGGGGUACUGCUCACACUGGCAGCUGACUCAGAUGUUCCAGAGGUUCUAUCCAGGGCAAGCGCCUUCCCUGGCCGAGACCUUUGCAGAACGUGUUCUUCACGUUACAACUCAGAUCAGUCCUGCCCAGGUCCAAGGCUACUUCAUGCUGUAUAAAAAUGACCCUGCAGGGGCAGUUCAAAAUGCCGAGUCUCUGAGGACGUGACAGGCGGGCUGUGCUCAGCUCUCCUCUAGCUCAAUAAACACCUGCCACACCACU